AUUUUUUUGGUAUUUGAUAUGCAUUACAUACAUAGUAUAUUUUCUAGAAUGAACUGUUUUCCCAUGGCAUUGCUAGUCAUAGAUUUAAACCUUAAGCCAAUGAAUGUAAUCACUUUCCAGUUUGGUUUUACUGGUGCUACUUUCCUGAAGAGCUUUGUGUUUCUCAUCAAAUCUUACCAUGAUCUGUUUCAUCUUUUGUUUUUGUUUUUUUCCUUUGCUCUUCUGCAUACUUUAAAGACUGACUCUUCAGAAAGUCUUUCCUUGUGUAACCUGAUCAUGGAGGAAACUCCAGACAGUGGGUUGGCCGAAGAAAUUCAAAGAUCUCAAAAUGAUAUAGGUGCAUUUACUUGGGGCCCUGACUUUAGUACAGACAAGGUCAGCCAAGAAAUUACCUCAGAUGGGUUUGGAGAAGACUCUGCAUGUCUCUCCGAAGCAGAGCAAGACAUAAGAUUAUCCACCAGACUGCUUUCGUCUGCUGACUGGCCCACUGUAGCUGAACAGGGUGAGCAUGCCCCGGGGCCAACCUUUCCAGGUGGAAAUGAACAACUGCCCCCAGAGCCUGUGCCCGAGGAUGGAGUUGCCAUUGCUGCUUGUGUGGAGAUGGAGCAGCCAUAUGACCCACUUGACUCAGACAUGCCAGCCAUGGACACAGCUGACCUGUUCAAAGAAAGUCAUGAAGAUGUGAAGAAGUCAGAUGACGAGGAAGAGAAACAGAAGAUAGAAGAUUCUCUGUGGGCAGGUGUGGAGGCAUGUCAAAAGGUAGACACUGGAGCUAUUGAUAUCAAGACACUAGAAGGUACAGAGGAAUUUGAAGAGAAAGCAUGUGAAAGGACAGGCAACAGAGUGGUAGAUCUUCUUAAUACCAUAGGAAAGGAAGACCAUAAAACCUUAAAAAUUAAUGAAGUGGAAACUAGAAAAGAUCUAAGAGCAGGGUAUAAGGAAAGUACAUACACCAAUGAAAAUUAUUUUGAGAAAACUGACCUAUUAGAAAAGGACAUGGAAGGAGGAGAUGUGGCAAAAGAACUUAGUGACAGAGACCAAGGUCUACAUGAUGGAAUUCAAAAGAUAAUCAAUAAUUGUGGAAUGACAGAAGGCUUUGGAGCCAAACCUGCCAAUCACCCAGAUAUCUUGAAUCCAUCUCUCCAGACCUACUCUGUAUCUAAUAUUGAAGAUGGCAGCCCUGAGGGAUGGGAUUUGACUAGAAAAGACAUAAAGAAAAACGCAAUAGAUACUCCCAACCAUGAUAUGAUAUUUUACUCAGCACAAGACAGUACAGAUGCUGAAGAAAUUCAGUGUGAGACUGUGUUAAAUGCUCUUGUAGGUGACAGGGAUAAAAAUCAGGCUGUUUUAUCAGUAGAAGCUCAGUCUAGGACUGACUUUAAUUAUUCUCUAGGAAGAGAUGCAAACAGAAGAGAUUUAUGUUCAUGUAAGGCAGAAAGGUCACUAAUAGAAGGGUCUGAAAGAACAGUAAAUGAGAACUGUAGUCAUACUGUUAACUUGCCAAGAAUUGCAGAGAUAGACUCUUGGGGAACAGAUCCAGGUCAAAUCUGGCAGCCAAGCUUGGAUUCAGCGAUGAAUAAUUUGGAUAUAACAGGAUUCUCUGGUAUGCCAGAUGGCCAAGCAAGUGGAUUUGCCAAUUGUCUGGAUUCUAUUAACCACUGGCCUAUCAGAGAUACAGAAGGCUUAGAUAAUAGCUGGACACGUUUAGAUGUAGUUGAGCACAAGGAAGAACUGGAGAUGGACUUACUAGCAGGUGAUUGUAAGGAACAAGCCAUUGCUAGCUGCUGGGAACAAAGCCAGGAGAUAGCGAGACCAUUGAUUUUGGGGACCUCCUGGAAUGCUAGCACUGAGAGUUCUGCUAGUUCCCGAGACCAGGACAUCAACAACUCAGAUUUAUCUGAAGAUGAAAUUGCUAACCAGAGAUAUGGAUUGUUGUACCAAGAAAUAGAGGCUGACAAAGACGAGGUACUUACCCUGGUCUGUAGCAUAGACUAGCCAAAGACUUCCGUAGGUUCUGUUUUUCCUCAUGUCUCUCACCUACUUCAUUAUCCAUCACUGUCUUCUAGGAGGCCUGAUCUCUCUAACAGAUUGUCAUGUACUUCUUGAAAUCUGUGCAAACCAAACACAAAUAGGUUGACCAAAGAAAAAAAAAAAAGCAGCAUCAACAACAACAACAACAAAAACC